GAUUCCCUUGCGGACUCCACUCUUCAUUCUACAAGCUGCAGUGAUCUUCACACAUCUCAAGACUCAAUUUUUAAACCAUGGCAACUGGAACUACGACCCCUGUCGCCAACGGUACCGAGCCCACUACCAACAAUGUAGGCACCUCGUCCAUCGAGGAAGCGCUUGAAACCAUUCGCCAGGGAGGUUUCGUAGUCGUCAUGGACAAUGAAGACCGCGAAAACGAGGGCGAUCUGAUCGCUGCUGCUGAGUUCGCUACUGAGGAGCGCGUCGCGUUCAUGCUGCGUCAUUCCACUGGCAUCGUGUGCGUACCAGCUCUGCCCUCUCGACUCGAAGAGCUUCAGCUGCCUUUGAUGGUGGAAAACAACACGGAGGCUCACAAGUGCAAGUUUGCUAUCACGGUCGAUCUAAAGGAGGGUAACUCAACAGGCGUCUCUGCUGCUGAUCGUUCACGCACAAUCCGUGCACUUGCGGACGCAAAGAUCAGCCCUACAGCGUUCAACCGACCGGGCCACAUUUUCCCAUUGCUGGCACAAGAAGGUGGCGUGAUGGUACGUGCUGGGCAUACGGAAGCUGCGACCGACCUCGCGAGAUUGGCUGGAGUCAAGCCUGUAGGCUAUUUGUGCGAGAUCAUGGGAGACGAUGGCCGAAUGCUGCGACGUCCGCAACUCCAGGAGUUCUCCCAGACGCACAAUCUGCCGCUCGUCACGAUCUCGGACUUAAUUUGCUACCGUGUCCGCACAGAGACGCUUGUUCAGCGAACUCAGGCCAAUGUCACAAAGAUCUCUACUCCGUUUGGAGAGUUUUCAUCGAUGGAAUACAAGUCACUUGUACACGAGGACCAGACGUACCACGCGCUUGUGCUUGGCGACGUGAGCGGACAGAAGAGUGUGCCGGUGUUCCUGGUGGAAGAUGGGUUCGAGGCUGCCUUGCAAGCACAGUGGGCCCAGAGAUACGUGGCGAAGCAUGGCAGCGGUGUACUCGUCUACACCCAUGGGUCGGCACAGCUCCUGCAGAUUAGUGGCGAGCUGAUGGCGCGUCAGAGUAUCUUUGGCAUGGCCAUGCAGAUCGUGCGCGACUUGAAGGUUAAAUCGGUGCGUCUGCUGACAGCGACGGAGUCAAGUCUCGACACCAAUGGCUUUGGCAUUGAAAUUGCUAGCAGCGAGCAUCUUGCAACAUCGGCAUAAGUGUAGGUAGACUUACAUUUCGGUCAAGACGCACAUCUGAUAGACUACAAAUAUCAAGUUGCAAUGAAGUACAUGUAGAGAUUCAAUUUGAGAGUUUUAUCC